AUGAGCGCCCCAGGAACCCCGGUCGGACCAACCGAUACCUUCGACGCUCUCCCGACUCUAAACGACCCGCCUAUGAACAAGUUCCGUCUAGCAGCCUGCUGUUUCCAGAGCUUCGUGGGCGGAUUAACCGAUUCGGCACCUGGUGCCCUAAUUCCUUACAUGGAAUCUUAUUACAAUAUUGGAUAUUCCGUAGUAGCCCUUAUCUUCAUCGGCAACGCUCUAGGAUUCAUCAUGGCCGCGCCAUUCGUCGACCAGAUCCGCCAGCGUCUCGGGCGAGCUAAGACCAUCGCUUUGGCGCAGCUCUGCAUGGGCAUCGGGUAUAUCCCCCUGAUCUGCGCGGCGCCUUUCCCCGCGGUGGCGGUCGCCAAUUUCUUCAUCGGCUUCGGCCUCGCCGUCCAGCUCGCCAUCGGCAAUGUAUUCUGCGCCAACCUAGCCAAUAGCACCACGAUCCUCGGGGCUUUCCAUGGAAGCUAUGGUAUUGGCGGUACGAUUGGACCGCUCGUUGCGACUUCCAUUGUAUCUUCUGGUGCUAUCUGGAGCCGGUACUACCUUUUGACUCUCGGCCUUGUUAUUUGGAAUGCCGGCUUUUCGACCUGGGCUUUCUGGAAUUACGAGAAAGAUGUUGGCGGCAGCGAUUCGAACUUUCUAUCCGAGACUAGCUCGCGUGGUCUGGACCACGUAUCAACUAUGCUUAUUACUUUCAAGUCGAAGGUCGUUCUCCUAGGGGCCAUCUUCAUCUUUGCGUACCAGGGAGCUGAAGUGUCUAUCUCGGGAUGGGUUAUCUCCUUUUUGAUCUCCACUCGCGAUGGCAACCCUUCGUCUGUCGGUUACGUGACGUCUGGCUUCUGGGCUGGCAUCACGCUCGGGCGGUUCGCCCUCUCACCCGUCGGCUCCAAAAUCGGCGAGAAGCUAUUCGUUUACAUCAUCGUGGCCGGGGCUGCCGUCUUCCAGUUACUAGUCUGGUUAGUCCCUAAUAUCAUCGGCGAAGCCGUGUCGUUGGCUAUCGUGGGGUUGCUUUUGGGUCCUGUCUACCCCUGUGCUGCAUAUGUAUUCACGCGUAACCUCUCGCGUCGCGAGCAGGUCAGUGGUAUGAGCGUCAUCAGCGCUUUUGGUAGUUCUGGUGGCGCCAUAGCGCCGUUCACUACGGGUCUCUUAGCUGAGGCUGCUGGUACGUUCAUCAUGCACCCUAUCGCUAUUGGUUUGUUUGCCCUCAUGCUAGUAUGUUGGUUCGGGCAGCCUGGAAUUAGGAAGAGGACGGAGUAA